AUGGCCCCCAACGUUUCCAACGUGGAACAUGCCGACAUGCACGACUUCAAGGGGCUUGUGGCCUUGGCCCGGGCGUUGGCGGUUGAACUCAUCCGGCCUGGUCCUGGCGACGUUGUCGUCGAGGGCAUUGCUGACGUUUUCGAACCGGCCGGCAUCCCUUGUUUUGCACCAUUAAAAGCUGCCGCGAAGCUGGAGGGGUCAAAGACGCUUGCAAAAGACUUCAUGAGACGUUACAAUAUACCCACGGCAGAGUACCGCAACUUUAACACCUAUGAGCACGCAAGAGACUAUCUUUCUUCUAUCAACCACCGCGUGGUGAUCAAGGUAUCCGGUCUUGCUGCUGGAAAAGGAGUCGUUCUCCCAGAGGUGCAGGAAGAAGCCAAGCGAGAGCUCCGCGAGAUGAUGGUCGACAACAAGUUGGGGCUCCAAGAAGUCGUCAUCCAGGAGUUCCUCUCGGGUGACGAGAUAAACGUCCUCACGUUCUGUGACGGUCACAAUUUCAGGUCGUUGCCACCGGUUCAGGGUCAUAAAAAGAUUUUCGAUGGUUCGAAGGGUCCGAAUACCGGGGGCAUGGGGUUUUAUGGACCAGUGGACUUUGUGUCACGCGGACUGAUGGCUCAGAUGGAGAAGGACUUAAUCGUCCCUACCCCUUCACGGGCUGCAAUAUGA